AAAAUAAAUAGAAGUGAUCAACUCCUACUUUGCUUCCUGAAGGCUCCAUCUUUCGCCAUUGCUAUACAUACACUGCUUUUGCCUCAAACUAACAACACUUCCUCUUCCAAUCACAGUUUUACGUCUCUAAGGUUUUUCUUCAAAAUGGCACGCUCAGCGCUCGAUGAAAUGUCUACAACAGGUGCUUUUGUAAGAACAGCUUCGACGUUUCGCAAUUUGAUUUCCCGAGAUGGAUCCUCCCAGUUUCCACCAGAAUCUGGGAGAUAUCAUCUCUACAUAUCAUACGCUUGUCCUUGGGCAUCCAGGUGCCUUGCAUAUUUGAAGAUCAAAGGACUCGAAAAAGCGAUCAGUUUCACGUCAGUCAAACCAAUAUGGGAAAGAACCAAGGACUCUGAUGAUCAUAUGGGAUGGGUUUUUCCUAGCUCUGAUACAGAGGAGCCUGGUGCUGAACCUGACCCUUUGAAUGGAGUUAGAAGUAUUAGAGAACUGUAUGAACUUGCCAGUAUAAAUUACAGUGGAAAGUAUACAGUUCCAGUUUUGUGGGACAUGAAACUCAAAACAAUUGUUAACAAUGAGAGCUCAGAGAUAAUUCGCAUGCUUAAUACUGAAUUCAAUGAUAUAGCUGAGAAUCCAUCUCUGGAUCUCUAUCCCACUCACUUGCAAGCCCAAAUUGAUGCGACUAAUGAUUGGAUAUACAGUGGCAUUAAUAAUGGUGUUUAUAAAUGUGGUUUUGCAAGGCAGCAACAGCCUUAUGACCAGGCUGUGAAAGAGUUGUAUGAAGCUUUAGACAGAUGUGAGGAAAUACUUUCAAAGCAACGUUACCUCUGUGGGAACACACUGACUGAAGCAGACAUUCGGCUGUUCGUCACCAUUAUAAGAUUCGACGAGGUUUAUGCAGUUCACUUCAAAUGCAACAAGAAACUACUGAGAGAGUAUUCAAAUCUGUUCAAUUACACCAAAGAUAUAUACCAAACUAAAGGGGUAGGCAGCUCUGUUAAUAUGGAACAUAUAAAGAAGCAUUAUUAUGGAAGCCAUCCUACAAUCAAUCCAUUCGGAAUCAUCCCUCUUGGCCCAAAUAUUGAUUACUCUUCUCCUCAUGAUAGAGAUAGGUUUUCCUCAUAGUUUUGUAUCGUAUGCUCUUACUUCAAGAGCUUGUGUGUUCGUGUUUUACAUAUUAUACUUCAGUUUCUCAUGAUAGAGAUAAAAGACAGAUUCUCUCAAGAGUUUUGCCUGAGCAGCUAAGGCAUAGAAGGAAUAGAAAUGCUUUAACUGCUGAGUUUUGCAUUUUCUUUAGAGUUCUGCAUUGUAGAA